AUAAAAAUUAAAAAAGUCAUGAUAACAAAAAAAUUGGAAGAGAGAGAUUAAGCAGGUGGCGCCCAAAGAGUUAGGUGUACCAACCUCAUAGCACUAAUAACACAUAUUUGAAGACGAAUAGAAGAAAGAAAGCUAAUUGGAAAAUUCGUAUAGGAACACAAAAAAUGGCAGAUAUUCCUCGGGUGAAGCUUGGAAGCCAAGGCCUGGAGGUUUCCAAGUUAGGAUUUGGUUGUAUGGGCCUAAGUGGAGUGUACAACGAUCCUGUUCCCGAAGAGGUUGGCAUCUCUUUGAUCAAACACGCAUUCACCAAAGGGGUCACUUUCUUUGAUUCUGCAGAUUUUUAUGGAGCACGUGCCAAUGAAGUUUUGGUCGGAAAGGCUCUCAGGGACUUUCCUCGAGAUCAAUUUCAGAUUGCCACAAAGUUUGGGAUUGUCAAAAUGGAAAAUGGUAAUGUGAUAGUGAACGGUUCCCCUGAAUAUGUUCGGUCCUGUUGCGAGGGUAGCCUCCAACGCCUUGGUGUCAGCUACAUUGAUCUCUAUUAUCAGCACCGUGUUGACACAACUGUACCCAUUGAAGACACCAUGGGAGAGCUUAAAAGGCUGGUCCAAGAGGGAAAAAUAAGGUACAUAGGAUUGUCGGAAGCUAGCCCUGACACAAUUAGGAGGGCACAUGCUGUUCAUCCCAUUACUGCUGUGCAACUGGAGUGGUCCCUUUGGACUCGUGAAAUUGAGCAAGAUAUUGUUCCACUUUGCAGGGAACUUGGAAUUGGAAUAGUACCAUACAGCCCCCUUGGCCGUGGAUUUUUUGGUGGCAAGGCUGUCGUAGAAAGUAUACCUGCAAACAGUUUUCUGGCAUUUCAACCAAGGUUACGAGGGGAGAACUUUGACAAGAACAAAAUCUUAUAUUCUAGGAUAGAAAAAUUGGCAGAGAAGUAUGGAUGUACAUCUUCGCAACUUGCUCUUGCAUGGAUUCUUCAUCAAGGAGACGAUGUGGUACCCAUCCCUGGAACAACUAAGAUAAAAAAUCUUGAUAGUAAUAUCGGUUCAUGUGAAGUGAAACUCAGCAAAGAUGAUUUAAAGGAGAUUACAGAUGCUGUACCAAUAUCUGAGGUGGCAGGGGAUCGGACCACUGAUGCAUUUGUUAGAUGUUCAUGGAAGUUUGCUAAUACUCCACCAAAAGCAUAACUAUAUAUACCAGUUAUGCACUUAUGCACCUUAGAUCUCAGAUCUUUCUUUUCAUCUAGUUUCGUAUCUCCUUGCGUGCUCCAAAAUUUAAUCCGCUCUCAAUAAAACUAAUUGCCAUUGGUCCUAUACGGACAACUCACAAAACUUAUGUUGUAUGCUUAAUUAUGCACAUCUUAUUAAAUAAUGAGAGAGUGAGACUCAUCUGAAGCCAAGAUAUCCAUCUUUGUGUCGAAUCAUGGUUCCAUUGAAUGUUUUACUGAUUAUUUUUUAGAGACAAAUUUUCUGUUGGUGAA